AACAUGGAGGCGGAGGUCGAUAAGCUGGAACUGAUGGCUGAAUCUUGAGUUUCUAACUUCUGCUGUGGAAAGGACAUGUACUGGUGAUGGAAGAAACGGACACCAUCUUCACCCCCCCUGCUACUGCAGAAAAUUUCCAGAAAGCUGACUCUGAUCUGGAUUACAUUCAGUACAGGCUGGAAUAUGAAAUCAAGGCUAAUCAUCCUGAAUCAGCAGGCGAGAAAAAUCCAGUUACACUCUUAAAGGAAAUGUCAGCGAUAAAGUCUCGAUAUCAAACUUUGUAUGCACGCUUUAAACCAAUUGCUGCUGAGCAGAAAGAGACUAAAAACCGCAUUUGUGCUACUAUGAAUAAGACUAUGACCAUGAUACAAGAACUCCAAAAGCAAACAGACUUGGAGCUGUCACCACUGACUGAAGAAGAGAAAACUGCAGCAGAGCAAUUAAAAUCUCACAUGCCAGACCCAUGAAGAAAUAGAAUUGCAAAAGAGAAUUUGAAUGGAGAAGCGAUCAAUUCCAAAGAAAUUUAGGAAAAUACCUUGUUAACACUUAGCUUCCAGAUUUGGGGGCUGGUGAAGGAGAAAGAGGUUUGGCUUGAGUGUUUGGAUAAUGAUGGUUUCCAAAUGAGAGGAAAUAAGAAAGGCAGAUAUUAUAUGAAUGAUGUUCAGUCAGAAUGAUGGAAUGUGAAUAAAGGAUUUUAGAAACACA